ACAAUCUGAUCCUUUAGUUACUGUUAUUGUAUUUUGGUUGCGAUCCGCUUUUGGUCGGAUUGAGAGAAUUCAUAUCGUGAACCUGCAAUCGAGUAACUCCAUUGUGAUAAAAAGAGUCAUUUAAUCUAGGUAGGCAAGUACGCCACCGGAAAGAAACACAUUAUUACCUUCAACAUUUAAGAGUCUACAUUGUGCGUUAUUGAUUGUGGGGUGAUGGUGUCUCAUUCCCAUUUAUAAAUAAACAUGAUUUGUGGCAGAAUUUAAUCUGAUAACGUAAAUUGCAAGAUUAAAGUGUUCAGAUCAGUUUUAACAUCAACCCAAGAUGGAGCAUCAAGUCACACAGAGAACUGCAGAAUGGUUUGAAUUACGUAAUCAGGUUAUUCUCACAGCAUCACAUUUCGGGGAUGCUUUGGGCCUGGGUAAGGGAAAACCAUAUGAUUAUUUAGUAUCUCUACUUUCCGAUGAUGAAGUUUAUUUAAAAGAUGAGAAAGACAAACAUUUACAACAUGGUUUCUCUAUGGAAAAAAUAAUUGAAGAAGCUUAUCAGCUAUUAACUGGAUCUAGGACACGUUCUACAGGAUUCUGGACUGUGAAGGAAAAAUCGUCAGAUAAACUUUAUCAAGAAUAUUUCGGUGCUUCCCCAGAUGCUAUUGUUUUAGGCAAAAACUAUAAUCCCAGUUGUAACGUGUUCGAUGGCGAAAGUCAAGUAGGUUUAGUAGAAUUUAAGGCACCAGUUUAUCAGAUGUAUCAUGACGUCAAUACAUUACAAGGAAUUCCCAGAUAUUAUAUAGCACAGAUGCAAGGACAAAUGGCUAUAACCGGUGCCCCAUGGUGCGAUUUUAUGGCUGUCUGCUGUGAAACAAAGGACAUAUCUCUCAAAAGAGUAUUUUAUUGUGAUGAAUAUUGGCAGAAAAUAGGGGUUGUGUUGAAACAGUUUUGCAUGAUUUUAAAGGAAGCCAAGCAGAAAAAAGCUACAGCAGUUCCGACUCCUCUUGAUUUUCAAGCUGCAAAAAAUCUGAAAUUUGUUCCCCAAAGAAAAUCAUUUUUCACUGGGGAAGAUAGGAUAAAGAUUGUAGACCUUUUGAAAAAGGGAAAAAGUCAAAAUUCCUUUAUUGGCCCUUCAGCUGUGGAAUAUAAUUACAGUAUACUAAUAGGUGAAGAAUACAAUUUACCUGAAAGUCUGGCAGAUUAUGGAAAAUCUCUCUUAAAAGAAAUUGAUUUAUCUAUCAGAAGUAAAGUUUCUGAUUGAUAAAAAAAAAAAGUGAAUUCAAUCAGACAAUUGAUGUGAAUUUCUGUGAAUGUUGUAGUUUUAUUAGUGAUGUGAAAAAUCGUGUUAGUAAUUACUUGUAAAAGUAUACCAACAGUUAGUUUAAUUGUGAAUAAUUUGGAUCUUUUCAUUACACAUAAUACAGUUUAUUAGAGUCUUUGGUGCAAUCUGUUUCACACAGGUAUUUUAAUAGCAAUACCUCUGUAUAAGAUGACUGACCAUUUUAAAGUUUAAAUGUCUUUUACAUGUGACGUCACAUCACUCGGUGUCGAUUACUGACUCAAUGUUGCAUACACAUUGUUUAUAUAAGGUGAACUGGUCCGGGCACAAUUAUUCCUUCUUACUCAUUUUAUAUAGCCUACCCAUUUACACCAAACAGUUUAUCCAGAUAUACUUCAAAAACCUUUAUUUAUUUUGCUAAUACUUCAAAAAAAUGUUCUGGAAUUUAAUUUUCAAAAGGAAAAAUGUUAAUAUUGCUAAUACUUCAAAAAAAUGUUCUAGAAUUUAAUUUUCAAAAGGAAAAAAAUAUUGCUAGCUAAUUAACCCGCACUGAUGUCAUCCCUAUCAGUGAUUGUAGCGGCCUAGCAAAUAUUUACUGCUGAUCAGUGUGUCCUUUGUGUUUUCAGUGCAAGAAAAUGAACUGGUUUGAAUUGAAUCUCAGCAUGCACUAAUUUAUAAGUAGAACCUAUUAUAUCUUUCAAGUAAGGCCUUUGUUUAAGGAGCCACGAUGGCUAAGUGAGUAAGACACUGGCUCGCUAGUCUGGAGGUUGUGGGUUCGCUCCCAAUGUUGGCCUAGAAAGUUCAUCGGGGUUUUCUGGCAUGGUUUCUCUGUGUCAGAGAUGCAGGACGGGGAGUGCCUGACAAGAACAGCUGUCUAGCCGCUCUGAUGGGACGAAAAACUAAGGUCCUGUAUACACAUUGGCAUGCACGUAAAAGAUCCCUUGGCGGUAGGCAUUCGAUAUGAGAGUAGGAGCUUAGUCCAAAUAGGCAAAUGGGUUGAUUUUUUUGCUGAGUCGGCCAGUUUUUUCGGGAAAAUGGGCUGGAGUCUCUUACACAUUCAAUCGAACCAAAAUGAGGCCAACAACUCACUAUUCAACUGAGUCAUUUAAAAAUUACAUAAUGCUAUAUUUACUAACCACUUUUUCAUCCUAAGUGGGGUAAUAAUUGUUUUUCUAAUACUGAGUGGUUGAUUUUUUUAAGACCGCCCCUUGGAAAAUGUGUUUGUGCACCUCUGUACAUUAGUUCAAACUUCGUAAUUUGUUGUUUAUUAUUGUUUACUACAGACAUUCUUAAUUUAAUUGAGGUAGCCUAUUUGUUGAAAUGUUGUUUUAUUGUAAUGUAUGGUAACUGAAUUUUUUAAAACUGAAAUGAAUUUUUAUAUAUUUAUGAAUAAAUACAUUAAAACCAAAA